ACCUCUCCCACCUUCUUCUCCGUGAACAACGGUCCCAAGCUAAAAGAAGAGAAGAGAGAGAAACAGACAAAAACAAAAUUUAAAAAAAAAAAGAGAGAUUUAGAGAGAGAAACUCUGACGCAGCUAGAGAGAGGCUUUUCCCGGAAAGCUGAAGAAAUUCCUGGAAAGUUCUUGGAGAAAGAAAGAGAAAUGGCAACGCCGUUAGCGGGGUUGCAACACAGGGACGGAGGUGGAGGAGUGGCGGUGCUCUCGAAUUCCGUCAACAAGGUCGAUUCUUCUCCGCCUUCGCCUUCGACUUCGUCGGUGAAUGGUUGCUUGAAGAGCUCGGCGCAGAAAUCUCCGCUUUUGAUUUUCUUGCUGUUUCACAAGGCGAUUCGCAAGGAGCUCGAUGCGCUUCACCGAUUGGCCAUGGCGUUCGCCACCGGCGAGCGCACUGACAUCGGUCCGCUGCUCGAGCGCUACCAUUUCCUCAGGUCGAUUUACAAGCACCACUCCAAUGCCGAAGACGAGGUAAUCUUUCCAGCUCUUGAUAUUCGUGUGAAGAAUGUAGCACAAACAUACUCCCUCGAACACAAGGGCGAAAGCAAUCUUUUUGAUAACCUAUUUGAACUGCUAAAUUCUAAAACGCAAAAUGAUGAAAGUUUCCCAAGGGAGUUAGCUUCGUGUACAGGAGCUCUACAGACAUCAGUUAGCCAGCACAUGGCUAAGGAAGAGGAGCAGGUCUUUCCCUUGCUUGUUGAGAAGUUUUCGCCUGAAGAGCAGGCAUCUUUAGUAUGGCAAUUUUUGUGCAGUAUUCCGGUAAACAUGAUGGCUGAGUUCCUUCCAUGGCUCUCAUCAUCAAUUUCACCUGAAGAAUAUCAGGAUUUGCGUAAAUGUUUAAAAAAGAUAAUCCCAGAGGAAAAGCUCCUCCAACAGGUAAUAUUUACCUGGAUGGAGGGGAGAAGCAGCGUCAACAUGUUGAAGAGUUGUCAUGAUGAUCCUCAAAUUCAAUGUUGUAGUAAUUCUGGUUGUAGCACGUUGGCAGAUAGCAUGGAUGAAGCACAACGUGCAUGUGAGUGCAGGACCGGAAAAAGGAAAUAUUUGGAAUCAAGGAUGGAUUUUUCUGAUACCAACGGGACCCAUCCUAUUAAUGAGAUAUUGCUCUGGCAUAAAGCUAUUAAGAGGGAGUUGAAUGAGAUAGCCAAGCAUGCGAGGAAGAUCCAACGUUCUGGAGAUUUUACAAAUUUAUCAGAUUUCAAUAGUAGAUUGCAUUUCAUUGCUGAAGUUUGCAUCUUUCACAGUAUUGCUGAGGACAAGGUCAUAUUUCCAGCGGUAGAUGGAGAGCUUUCUUUCUUCCAGGAGCAUGCCGAAGAGGAAAGUCAGUUCAAUGAGUUUAGAUCCUUAAUUGAAACCAUUCAAAAUGCGGGAGCAAUCUCUACUUCGGAAGCUGAAUUUUAUGCAAAGCUGUGCUCACAUGCUGAUCAAAUAAUGGAAUCCAUACAGAGGCAUUUCAAUAACGAGGAAGUUCAGGUUCUUCCCCUUGCGAGAAAGCACUUCAGCUUCAAAAAACAACGGGAGCUUUUGUAUCAAAGCUUAUGCAUGAUGCCAUUAAAGCUGAUUGAAUGCGUCUUACCAUGGCUAGUGCGAUCACUGACGGAAGAGGAAAUAAAAAAAAUUCUGAGAAACAUUCAAUUGGCAGCUCCAGCUGCAGAUUCUGCUUUGGUAACACUUUUUUCUGGUUGGGCUUGCAAGGCUCGUAACCAAGGUUUAUGUUUGUCUUCAAGAGCCAUUGGUUGCUGUCCUGUUAAAAGGUUAAAUGAUAUUGAAGAGCAUCUCGUUCGAUCAGUUUGCCCUUGUGCAUCUGCAUUGUCUGCGAAAGAUAUCCUGAUGUCUGCUCAACCAGAUGAUGCUGAAAGGCCAGUUAAACGAAAUGUCACUGAAUCACGGAAUGAUAGUGAUUCUCCUUGCACGUCAGAGACUGCAAAUGACCAGAAACAAUGUUGUAGUGAGCAAUCUUGUCACGUCCCUGGAUUAGGAGUCAAUAGCAAUAAUCUAGGGUUAAGUUCUAUUUUUGCAGCAAAGUCUUUGCGUUCCUUGUCUUUCAGCUCUUCUGCUCCUUCUCUGGACUCCAGUCUUUUUAUAUGGGAGACAGAUAAUGGCUCUUUUGAUACUGGCUGUGGAGAACGACCAAUUGAUACUAUUUUUAAGUUUCAUAAAGCUAUACGUAAAGACUUGGAGUAUUUAGACGUUGAAUCUGGAAAGCUUAGUGAUUGUGAUGAGACAUUCCUUCGGCAGUUCAUUGGAAGGUUUCGUCUUCUUUGGGGCUUAUACAGAGCACAUAGUAAUGCUGAGGAUGAUAUAGUCUUUCCUGCACUGGAAUCCAAGGAGGCCCUUCAUAACGUGAGUCACUCAUACACUCUAGACCAUAAACAGGAGGAAAGACUUUUUGAAGAUAUUGCACGUGUUCUUUCUGAGCUUUCACAUCUUCAUGAAAGCUUGCAGAAGGAAAAAUUCGACGGGGAUUCAUGUCAAAGUAGUGAUGAAUUUUCAGCUGCCCACAGAAUUGACUGUACCAGAAAGUAUAGUGAGCUAUCUACUAAGCUGCAAGGGAUGUGCAAAUCCAUUAAAGUAACACUGGAUCAUCAUAUAUUCAGAGAAGAACUUGAGUUGUGGCCAUUAUUCGGCAAGCAUUUUACUGUUGAUGAGCAAGACAAGAUAGUUGGCCGUAUAAUUGGCACUACAGGUGCUGAAGUGCUGCAAUCAAUGUUGCCCUGGGUAACAUCUGCACUUACUCAGGAUGAACAGAAUAAGAUGAUGGACACCUGGAAACAGGCAACAAAAAAUACAAUGUUCAAUGAGUGGCUAAAUGAAUGUUGGAAAGGAGCUCCAGAAUCACCAUCAUAUACAGAAUCAUCAGAAGCUAGUGUUCCUCAAAAAGGUAAUGAUUUUCAGGAAAGCUUGGACCAGAGUGAUCAGAUGUUCAAGCCUGGUUGGAAAGAUAUCUUCCGUAUGAAUCAAAAUGAGCUUGAGUCAGAGAUUAGAAAGGUUUAUCGUGAUUUGACUCUUGAUCCAAGAAGAAAAGCAUAUCUUGUGCAGAAUCUUAUGACGAGUCGCUGGAUAGCUGCCCAGCAGAAGUUACCCAAAGCUGCAGGAGAAACUUCUAACUGUGAAGAUGUAGCAGGGCGCUCACCAUCGUUUUGUGAUCCAGAUAAAAAAUCGUUUGGCUGUGAACACUACAAAAGAAACUGCAAGCUUCUUGCUGCUUGCUGUGGCAAGUUGUUUACUUGUAGAUUUUGCCAUGACAAUGUGAGCGAUCACUCAAUGGAUAGGAAAGCGACAACAGAAAUGAUGUGCAUGCGCUGCCUUAAGAUUCAGGCAGUUGGACCAACGUGCACAACACCCUCAUGCAAUGGGCUCUCCAUGGCACAAUAUUACUGCAGCAUAUGCAAAUUUUUUGAUGAUGAAAGGGCCGUGUAUCAUUGCCCAUUUUGCAAUUUAUGCCGUGUUGGGAGGGGUCUUGGUAUUGAUUAUUUCCAUUGCAUGACUUGCAAUUGUUGCCUGGGCAUCAAGUUAGUGAACCACAAAUGCUUGGAGAAAAGUUUAGAAACAAACUGCCCCAUUUGUUGUGAUUUCCUUUUCACAUCAAGUGCGGCAGUCAGAGGUCUACCUUGUGGCCAUUACAUGCAUUCUGCUUGCUUUCAGGCAUAUACUUGUAGUCACUAUACCUGUCCAAUUUGCAGCAAGUCUUUAGGAGAUAUGGCGGUAUAUUUUGGCAUGCUUGAUGCCUUGCUGGCUGCAGAGGAACUUCCAGAGGAGUACAAGAACCGUUGUCAGGAAAUACUCUGUAAUGAUUGUGAUCGGAAGGGCAGUGCACGCUUUCACUGGUUAUAUCACAAAUGUGGGUCUUGUGGAUCUUACAAUACCCGAGUGAUCAAGAGUGAGACGACAAAUCCUGACUGCUCUACACCGCAUUGACAGCAGAUUAUCGCCCUUUCUUUUAUUUUAUCUUUUACCUUCCCCCUUCACAGAGAAUGUAUACAUAUUAUCUUGUAGAUACUUGUAUAGGAAUUUCAGUUUUCCCUGCUAGGAAACUGGUCAGCCUCGCCGUUUCUUUCCCCUUGCAUCUGAUACGAGCUCGGGCACAUCAAUUUUACGGAAGUGCUUCAAAAAUCAUCUUUUUCAGGACAUCAGGUUCGUUUAUAACCUUUUAGAUAUAGAGGAAUGGAGUACUGAAAUGCGAUCAUGUACAGAAUAUGUUCUACUUUUUACAGUUGCGAGUGCGGCGAAAUUUUUUCCCACUAUAAGCUGAGUUUCUCCUUUCCCAUGACCCAUCAUCUAUAGUUCGACAUAAACAUUAUUUACAUCAACUUCAGAUUUUCCCUUUAA